GGUUUAUCGUCAACCCGCACCACGCAACAGCUCCCGCUAUUCGCACCAUUGCAAUUGUUAUCCAGGUACAGCUGUCUGGACACCUCGGUUUCGACCCUCCCGUCCGGUUUCUUUGUCUACUUGGUGAGUCAAGUCCCGACUGUUUUGAACGGAUCCCGCGCGGCGGCGCAUCUUCCCGAGCAAUCACAUGGCAUCGUCAUCGCCAGCUUUUUUGCACCGCCGGCUUUUUGCACCGCCAGCUAUGGAAAAAACCUACACGCAAAACCACCACACAAAAUAAAAUCGCUCUCACAACAAACCGCAUCUCCCCCUUUCAGCACCACAACCACCACAACCGCAUAAACCGCGCAUACAAGGAAUCCCUUUGCUAACCAAGUGCAUCGUCUGUCCAGAUCUAUAAGAUCAACCCCUUUCACCGCCAGACUUAGCCUUUGGUCAACUCAAAGGCACCACAGCCCAACACGGCUUCUCUGGCCGUGAGCUUCGUCAGUGACCAAGAUUUCAGCGUACGAAAGACUCGACACAUUGUCAACGCCAUCCCCCCUCCACCGCCUGCAGUCGUCUAAGCAGAAGCUCGAGUUCUUCCUUCUCGACGGUUUGCUUCACCAGACGCCCCCGUCCAACCCCACCCCCAACCAGCUGCCGCAUAAGACGGGCUCUGCAGCUCUUCCUCUCGCCGAGGGGGAGUCGAGAAGACCUCGUCAGAUCACUGAGGGAUCUGUCUGCUACCGCUUUCGACCACCCUAGAACUCUCGUGUUGUUCUAGCUUUUUCAUCACCCAGGGGCAGCAUAGACAAACCCACGCGUCGAAACAGAUCGACCAUCAUUCGUCCCUCCACCCAACCCACACCUCUCUUCAUCAACCACCCCGUCAACCGCUUGGAUAUGGUUAUGGCAACAGCCGCGAUCGAGCACUUUGCACCAGCUACUAUCAAUUAUGCUAGUACCUACCACCAACCGAUCCUCAAAACAUCGCACUUUGCCGAUCACCCCGUCAAACAUGGAGUGAUCAACCCCAAGCAGCUGAUUGGCGAUGCUCUCCGCCAGCGUGUCGAGAGCAUCGACCAUGAGAUUUGUGAACCAGGCGACGAAGACACCUUCUUCGUCGGUGAUCUCGGCGAGGUCUACCGCCAGCACAUGCGCUGGAAGCUCAACCUGCCCCGCGUCAAGCCCUUUUACGCCGUCAAGUGCAACCCCGACCCCAAGGUCCUGCAGCUCCUGGCUGCCCUCGGCACCGGCUUCGACUGCGCCUCCAAGACGGAGAUUGACCAGGUCCUCAGCAUGGGCACCGCCCCGGAGCGCAUCAUCUACGCCCAGCCCUGCAAGACCAACUCGUACGUCCGCCACGUCAAGGCCAUGGGCGUCAAGCAAAUGACCUUUGACAACGCCGACGAGCUGCGCAAGAUCGCCAAGCUCUUCCCCGAGGCCGAGCUGUACCUCCGCAUCAUGACCGACGACGAGUCGAGCCUGUGCCGCCUGAGCAUGAAGUUCGGCGCCGCAAAGGAGGCCACCAACGAGCUCCUCGGCGUCGCAAAGGACCUCGGCCUCAACGUCGUCGGCGUCAGCUUCCACGUCGGCUCCGGCGCCUCCGACCCCAUGGCCUUCUACAAGGCCGUCUACGACGCCUACGAAGUCUUUGAGCAGGGGCGCGCCUACGGCUUCGAGAUGAAGACGCUCGACAUCGGCGGCGGCUUCUGCGGCGACACGUUCGAAGACAUGGCCGCCGUCCUCCGCGGCGCCCUCGACGAGUACUUCCCCGCCAGCAGCAACGUCAACAUCAUCGCCGAGCCGGGCCGCUACUACGUCUCGGCCGCCUUCACCAUCGCCUGCAACAUCAUCGCCCGCCGCACCGUCGACGACCCGUCCCUCGGCGAGAAGCGCUACAUGGUCUACGUCAACGACGGCCUCUACGGCAACUUCUCCAGCAUCAUGUUCGACCACCAGCACCCCGUCGCCAAGGUCCUCCGCGCCGGCCCCGCCACAAUGUACGACACCGCCGCCGCCAACGCCUGCCCGGACGGCGAUGGCAUCCGCUACUCCGUCUGGGGCCCCACCUGCGACGGCAUCGACCGCAUCACCGAGACCAUCUCGUUCGAGCACGAGCUCGACGUCGGCGACUGGCUCUACUUUGAGGACAUGGGCGCCUACACAAAGUGCUCCGCCACAAAGUUCAACGGCUUCCCCGACUCGCACGACGUCCUGUACGUCUGCAGCGAGCCCGGCGCCAAGGCCCUGCUCAACAUGUAGCAUGGUCAUUGUUCAGAGGGUCAAUUCGUCAACAACGUUUGGAAUUCGAGACUAGGAAACGGAAAAAAAAGAGAAAAGGGAAUAAAAAAAAAAAAUCAUAGACUUGGAGAAACCACAAAAAAGAAACUCCGGCCCAACAGCACGCAUUGUAGAAAUGUAGUCCAUUCACUUCGCCUGUCAGCUUCGAUAGAAAAUAUGCUUGGGAAUAAUACAGUUUUUUUGAUCACGGGCCAACAUCGUUGCCAGCUACUCGUCUCUGUGCCAUGUGUGUCUGUCUCACCCGUCAAUGUGCCACCGAGACUCAACGUCGUGACCGGCAACACAACCCGAAAAGCCCCCCUGACUCGCCAGCACUCAUGCAAACCCCCAACGUCAGGACGAGACCCAAGAGGACUGGCUCACGGUAUGCAAGGUACAGAAACACAUACACCUCGCCGCACAUUGUACUCGCAGCCCUAGCCGCAGGCCGCAGCCAGUGAUCUGAGUCUAACUAUGCAAGGCGGGAUUGGGGGUUAGGUAGUUACGGCCCCCAAAAGUCUUGGCUAAACGUCAGUCUCCAACAUCAACAGUCUACAUCAACAAUCUACCGCUUCAACGACACUCGUGCAUACAAAGUCUUGGAUUCAUCCUUUUCUCUCAUUACCGCUUUUGACUGAUUUGAAGCCCAUCGCUCGUCAC